AUGGUAGUCCGGGCUCUUCUCCGAGUGGGAAGGUUUCCUUCCGUUGGAAUCAGGCGAGUCGCUGCUCUACCCAAUUGUCAUCACGAAUUCCCUUUUCAGAAGUUCUUCCCUGUCAGCCGCCUCGGCCUACAUCCCAUCAGUCGGGGGAGUGCAGAAGUCGGCGCCGUUCGAGAGCCUUCUGGAGCAGUACUCUCGUAUUCACUGGGACGAUUCCGUCACUUACGAAGACCCCACUGUUCAGCGAAUCUUCCAUAAUCUGAUGAGCGGCAGUCGGGCGGCUCUCGCGUCUGCAAUCACCCUUGUUGAAUCGAGAAAUCCAACGAAGCGAGCACAAGGAAAUGCGCUGCUGAAGAUGGUUUUGGAUGAGGAACGAGCGCAAUACAAGAAGUACGGGAGAGACUCGAUGAUCUUCCGCGUUGGAAUCUCUGGCAGUCCGGGAGUCGGUAAGUCGUCGUUCAUCGAAGCACUCGGGUCGGAACUCACUGAGAACCGAGGCAAGAAAGUGGCCGUUCUGACGAUCGACCCGACGAGUGCCGUGACUGGAGGAUCUGUACUCGGCGACUUGACCCGAAUGCAGGAGUUGUCCCGUAAUCCAAUGGCAUACAUCCGCCAGUCUCCGACUUCUGGAUCUCUCGGCGGAGUGACUCGUGGAAUACACGAAGCAGUCAUUCUUUGCGAAGGCGCCGGCUACGACAUUGUGAUCAUUGAAACGGUCGGAGUGGGCCAAUCGGAGACCUCCGUCUCAGACAUGUGCGAUAUGAUGUGUCUGCUGCUCUCGCCGGCGCAUGGAGACGAAUUGCAAGGAGUGAAAAGAGGAAUAAUGGAAAUGAGCGACCUGCUCGUGGUGACGAAGGACGACGGGGAUCUGAAGGCGAAAGCGAAAAUGACACAGGCCGAAUACAUCUCCGCACUGAAGUUCAUGCGCCCCCGAUUGGAUGUGUGGCGGCCGAAAGUGAUGCGAUCGUCCAUUAUGGACAAGCAUUCCGUCUCCGAAGUGUGCUCCACCUUUUACGAGUUCUGGGACACGAUCGGAGAGUCAGGAGAUCUGGAGAAACGACGACAGGAUCAGAUGAAGAAGUGGAUGUGGAACCAUGUGAAGGACGAGAUCAUGGCCGUUUUCCAAAAGCAUCCGAAGAUUGCUCACUUGGUAAACACGAAUAUUGUCUGAUUAUCAUGAAAAAUGUGCUCCCUUUCCAGGCUCCACUGCUGGAACAAGAUAUCAAAAACGGAAAGAUCACCCCAGGACUGGCCGCCGAAACCAUGAUCCGUACUUUCUUCGGUGUCUAA